AUGGCCCGGUAUGGCAGCAUAGCCCGGCACGACAGCAUGGUCCAGCAUGGUAGGAUGGCCCGGUACGGCAGCAUGACCCAGUACGGCAGCAUGAUUCAGUACGGCAGCAUGGUCCAGCAUGGCAGCAUUGCCCGGCACGGUACCAGGGCCUGGUACGGCAGCAUGGCCCGGCACGGCAGCAUGGUCCAGCAUGGCAGCAUGGCCCGGUACGACAGCAUGGGCUGGCACGGCAGCAUGGCCCGGUACGGCAGCAUGGCCCGGUACGGCAGCAUUGCCCGGCACGACAGCAUUGCCCGGCACGGCAGCAUAGCCCGGCACGACAGCAUGGCCCGGCACGGCACCAUGGUUCGGUACGGCAGCAUGGCCCGGUACGGCAGCAUGGCCCGGUACGGCAGCAUUGCCCGGCACGGCAGCAUAGCCCGGCACGACAGCAUGGCCUGGCACGGCAACAUGGCCCAGUACGGCAGCAUGGCCCGGCACGACAGCAUGGGCUGGCACGGCAGCAUGGCCCUUUACGGCAGCAUGGCCCGGUACGGCAGCAUAGCCCGGCACGGCAGCAUGGCCCUUUACAGCAGCAUGGCCCAGUACGGCAGCAUGGCCCUUUACGGCAGCAUGGCCCUUUACGGCAGCAUAGCUCGGUACGGCAGCAUGGCCCUUGACGGCAGCAUAGCUCGGUACGGCAGCAUGGCCCGGUACGGCCGCAUGGCCCGGUACGGCAGCAUGGCCCGGUACGGCAGCAUGGAACAUCAUAAUUAUUUAAGAUUAUUGAUCUGGUAA